AUGCCUUGGCGUAGUAGACGGGCUAGCAGUAGCAGCAGCGGCCCCCCGGGAUCUGCACACAACGGGGGCAGUAGAGGCCGAGCUUGUCAGAGUUCUCUGAAAGACUUCUUCUGCAGCCGGCCACAGGCGCGCAAUGAGGGUGGCGCCGGAAGAGUUUCUUUAGAAACAACCGAAAUUCCCAGGGGGGCAUCUCAACAGCCUCCCGCUUUGGUGAUCGACCUUACCGAAGGUGAACCCCAGGCCUCCGAGCUUGAGGGACACUCUUCGGCGCUUAAGUCUCAGUACCUCAAUGAGGUGCAGCAGGCCGCUUCCUCUGAGCCCGGCAAGCAUCUACCGAUUGCCGCCAUACGCCGAGUCAGAAACAGCAGUGGCGCCUGCGGUUGUCAAUGGUUACGGGUACCUCAGCUGCUACGCGUUGCUCGAGAACUGCCGCAUGCGGCUUGCGCAUUGCGGGAGCUGAAAGAUCGUGGCUUGCUGGUGCUGUGGGUUCCCCAGUCAGUACCGCCAACAGCAGCAGGAGCAGCAGAAAAUGCAGAAACUCUAUGCGGCCAUUGUGUCGUAUCUGUCGACGGUGUAUGUGCCUGCGCUUGGAGUAGUGCGCUCCUCUGUCUUUCGGCUGCAGAGCUUAAGGGCAUUGCAGAGGAGGCUCUUGAGGCCCUCGGUCCCUUUCGAGACUCCUGGUCCCCCACCGCCAAGCCACGAACGCGAAAAGAGACCAGUCCAGCGGGUCUCACAUCUUGUAGACCUCCAGCUGAGGCGACUGCCACGCCACGUGCUGCAGCAGCGGCCACAACAGCCAACGCAGAUUUGCGCUUCGCAGGUGGAUGGAGUCCAGCAGCAGCAGGCCGAGGACGCGCCCCACAAGGCAGACGAGCAGCAGACUGGGUGUUGGCGACAGCCGAGGGGGAAGCAAGCGAGGGGCCAAUAGUAAGCGUAGCAGACAGGCCUGGAGGCGCAGCUACAGGAGGAGCUGCAGAAACAGCAGCAGGCACGGGAGACGGAGGACUUGCAGCAGAGUUUCCCACGAAUCGUCUGUGUCUGCUGCCUGAGAAGGCACUUAAGGAAGGCUGCGCUGCUGCGGCGGAUGCAGCAUCGUCAUCUUCUUCAGCAAUAGCGACGGUGAACCGGCGGGAUAGCAAGGAUAAAAAUUCCAAGGGCUGCUGUAUCGGCUGUGCCGAAGGUUCAGCGUGUGGCGUCUCCCCAGGUAGGCCAGCUGCUGCAGCAGGAGGCACAGACGCAAAAGUAUCAGCCACGGGCCUGUACUUGCAGCGCUUUUGUGCUGCCUACGCGUGGGCUUCGCCAGCAACCCCCAUCACAGCCUACGCCAGAGCGGCAGCAGCAGAUUGGGGUAUACAGACACCGCAUAGGCAAGUGGUUCAAUCGGCUUACGGUGCUGUUGCUGCAGCACCUCAAGGAGCAGAAGAAAGAGUCCUCUGUGUCUGGCUCCUCUCGGGGGAAGCGGCGGAGGGCAUCGGACACUUCAGGGAGGAAGGAUAUGAUCAGCAAACGCCAGGUCGGGAAGGAGGGGAAGGAGGGGGAGGAGGAGGAGGAGGAGCAUGA